UUGGUGAAUGCAGUGCUUCAGAGAGUGUUACCGUCCCUUUAACGCGAGUUCCCAUGAUGCACCGGAUCCCCGGGCUGUGCACGUGUGUAAUAUGGAGAUGCAGAGCGGCUAUAUGAAUGGAGAGGAAGAUCAGGAAUACAGAGCUUUUCUGGAUUUACUCUCUCCUGUUCUUAAAGCGGCCGGAAUCCCUCCGCUCUACUGGAGGAGCCUCCACUAUAAACUCAGCCAUGAGGUUUUUGAUGCAGGGGAAGUGUUUGGGAUCAUGCGGGUGGAACAAGAUGGCGAUGAUGGAGAAGAGGGUGAGGAAGAUGCUGAUGUAAACAGCAGGACCAAUCCAGGAGCUGAAGUUUCCCACAAGGUGAUCGUGACCAGGGAGAGCGGCCUGCAGGCCUGUGAUGCAUCCAGUGUGUACUUGGUGGACCAUGCAUGGACGUAUCGGGUGGAAAACGCCAGGCAGCAGCUGAUGGAAAUUCCAGGGCUUUUGGGACGCAUGGCGAGCUUAAUGGGCCUGUCUUUCCAUGGCGAAGCCCCUGACCCAGACAUUGUGGAUCUUGUGCUGGAGAACAUGUGGAAAUUUAAUCAGACCUAUCAGCUGGCCCAGGGGUCUGCGGAGGAGAAAGUGCCUGUCUGGUACAUAAUGGAUGAAUUUGGCUCUCAGGUGCAGCACUCCUCUCAGCCAACCUGCUGUAUGGCUCCUUUGUUCUACGCUCCUCAGCAGAUAGCAUAUACCGUGCUCUGGCCUCUUCAGGACCUGGAGAAUGGAGAUGAAGUAACGAGGGAUUACACCUACGGGGAGGCGGACUCGUUGAUAAGGACGUGUAGACUUGUGCCAUGGAUACCAGCUGACCUGGAAUCAGUAAGCGAUGAUACUGCGGAGCCUGCUGACCUUUAUUAUGAGACUAUUCUACAGGAGAACAAGGAGAAGCUCCCACUGGAGAUCCCAGCCCACAGCGUGCCAGAGGGGAAGGUUCUGAAGGUUUACUCAGAGAUGAAGCAAGUUCUGGACCAUUUAAAACAUCCACGUUUCCAGUUCACUGAAGAUGAAGACGAGGCUGAUGUGCUCUGGAAGUAUUCUCACAUUCGAGACUAUAGAAAGCUGAGUGAGGAGCGACCUCAUGUCCUGCUGAACCAAUUCCCCUGUGAGACGGUUUUGACUACAAAGGACUGUUUAUCAGCGGUGGCGUGGAGAGCCGGUCAAGGACAGGGAGCAGCGUGGCUCCCCAGAACAUUUAACCUCCAGACUGAGCUGCCUCAGUUCAUCAGACACUACAAACAGCGGCAGGAGAGUCUCUGUUCUCAGACAGGAAAUUGUAAAUGUCAGAAAAUGUCGGUUUGCAGAGGAGAAGAUAACCACUGGAUCUGUAAGCCCUGGAACCUGGCCAGGGGGUUGGACACACACAUCACAGACAACCUGGACUACAUUAUUCGACAAAGAGAGAGCACUCCGAAGGUGGUCUGUAAAUAUCUGGAGGACCCCGUGUUGUUUGAUCGAGAGGAGGUCGGGCUGGUGAAAUUCGAUAUCCGCUAUAUGGUGAUGCUGAGGUCCGUGCAGCCUCUGCAGCUCUACGCUUAUAAUGUCUUCUGGCUCCGCUUUGCAAAUAGGCCUUUCUCGCUGGAUCAUUUUGAUGAUUACCAAAAGCACUACACUGUGAUGAACUACGCUGAAGGUGUUCAGCUGAAACAGGUUCACUAUGAUGAGUUUAUACCCAUGUUUGAAAAGCAGUAUCCACAGUAUCCCUGGAAACAAGUAGAGGGAGAAAUCUUUAAGGCCUUUGCGGAGCUUUUUCAGGCGGCUUCAUCCCGCCCUGCACCAUAUGGAAUCUGCGCGUAUCCCUCCUCAAGAGCGAUAUACGCCAUCGACCUCAUGCUGAAAUGGGAGCAGACAGAAGGAGGAGAGCGUGUGAUGCAGCCUCAGCUCCUGGAGGUGAACUUCAGUCCGGACUGCCACAGAGCCUGCCUCUACCACCCCAGCUUCUAUGACCACAUGUUCCAGACACUGUUUCUGGAUCAGGCAGACCAGUGUCCGGUGACCAAAAUUGUAUGAUUGCUCAGCAUUUUAGCAUGGGCUGGAUUUUAGCUCUGGGCUGUUGCUUUAAAGUCUAAUAAAUGUGCAGUUUAUAAGUGAA